AUGAUUCUGUCAAGACUCGCUCUCAUCCUCGCGAUGACUACCCUGGUCACAUCGGCCUCUGGUAUUCCCCUGUCGUCCACCAGAGGCACGGUCGUUGUCGCUCGCGAUCACGUCGAUCGUGUCAAAUCCUCGUCAACCCCCGACUACACCCACGACGACACUACCGUACAAGACGACCCUCUCCGAGGCUCCUACUUGCUUUCCGAGUCCAUCGCCGAGGAUCAAAGAAUCGCCGAUCAACUCGCCGCUAUGCGAGAGGCCGGGUUCCUUGCACCGGGCCACGAUGAUCGGCUGCCGCCCACGCCCGAGGCCUCUCAUCCCAAGACCAACAAUGCGGAGCAACAAUCCGCGCAACCCGUGCAGGACUGGAUAUCGGCUUUGGACCAGGUCGCCGAGACGCAGUCUGUCGCGCAGUUGGCGCUGUCGAUUCUACCACCACUUCGAUUUUUCGUCAUUGCCAGCACGGCGAUUGCCAUCUUGACCAUCAUUCGAGGCUGUCUGCGGGCGCGGCGUUGA